UAAUAGGGGGGGUGGGAAAGCCUUUUACUUCCCUAUACAUAAAUCAUGUAAGAAGAAAUUUGCUUGUGGCCCAAUAGCAUGGCCUGACACUGGGAGUAUUGCAGUUCAAACAGGUUUGUAAAUGAAAUGGUGAAAGGCAAUAAUAAUGGAGCACUACCCAACCCUAUCCCCGCCUCUGGCAUUGUUUUGUUUGGGAAAUGGUUGGGGGGGUGGCUGGAAAAGUAGGAAGGGCUUUCUCUGCCACCCCCGAUGUGUAGACCACAAAUAUAUCCACGGCAUCAGACAGAGCUUAUGGAAGCCAGCUAAUUAUGUUCAAUAAGUGCAAAUAACACUUGGUCUCCCACAGUAGAAGUUGUAUUCUUCUCUAUUAAAGUAAAAGGGAAGACAACACCACCCGGCAGUAAUUGUAAUGAUUGGCUGGAGCCCUAUCAGCAGAAAAUUUCCCCGGACCAGGGUUCUUCCAGAGAGCACACUAAGCAAUCCUCUUCCUGCUUCUUAUUUCUUCAUGUGGGUGUGCAUGUGCCGUGGAAUUAAAAGAUGAACUUUAACAAAAAAAUGCCCUUUUGACUCUACUGUGCAAGUGUCGGCCCCAGGGUUUUAAAGAGAGAAGUGGAAGAAGAGAAUCGCUCUGUGGUGCUCGCUGAGAAGGACCCCUGGCUUGGUCAGUUUUCUGCUAACAGGUCCCCCAACCCAUGGUAUCUGGUGGGGUACAUCAAAGGAAACGGUGGAAAUGGAUCUGCCAAACCAUGCCAAACAAUUGCUGCUUCAGCUGAACCAGCAACGAGCCAAAGGUUUUCUCUGCGACGUCAUCAUCGUAGUGGAAAAUGCCCUGUUCCGAGCCCAUAAAAAUAUACUGGCUGCCAGCAGCAUGUAUUUCAAAUCCCUUGUUCUUCAUGAUAACCUGAUUAACCUGGAUACAGACAUGGUUAAUCCAGCAGUUUUCCGGCAGAUCUUGGACUUUAUUUACACCGGUAAACUAUUAACGUCCGACCAGCCAGGAGAGCAGAACUUCAGUACUCUUCUCACUGCAGCAAGCUACCUCCAAUUGCAUGACUUGGCAGCUCUUUGCCGGAAGAAACUGAAGCGCACUGGGAAGCCAUUUAUUGGAAAACUUGGGGUUCCUAGUAUAGGUCGGGUUGGGAGAAGUCAUAGACUCUCUGCCCCACUUGGCCACAUGCGCUUUUCAGGAUCUCCAGAUGGCACCAAACUCUCCCAAUCAAAAGAGCUUUCUAAAGUCACAGGACCAGAAGAUGAAGUCUUUGCUACCUCCAAACAGGAAAACUGCCAUCCAAGUAGCAACAGCAGCCUCAAUAAUAGCACCAAUGGUAGUGACCAGGAACUUGGCCUUGAUCUUUCUAAAAAAAGCCCAUCCCUUCCUGCGCAAGAUGAUACUUUGCAAGCAGACAGCCGUGCAGGUUCUCCUCAGUCUGUCUCCGCAUCUGUAGCCAACAGUGCCUCUUAUGAAGAUUUGGACCUCCAAAAAAAUAACUGUGAGCCAAUGGAGUUGGAGGGAGUGGAUGAGAACAACUCUGACAUAGGGCCAAAGAAACUCCACCGCCAUGCUUCACGUAAAAAGGAAUGGGUGAAAAUUGAAGGGGACAAGUCUGCAGAAGAUGGGGGAGAGACGAUGCCAAAUGGUGUUAUUGUUGGGCCAUUGUCAAAGGAAAAGAGACUGAGUGGAAUUUAUAGUUCAGAACAGAAUUUCCAGUGCAAAGAUGAGAUUGAAAAUGGCAAAGAUAACAGUGAGGAGAGUGGACACAGUGAGAGUGAGUGCAGUCAGAAUGCCAACUAUGUUUAUCGGCAGGAAGGGUUCGAGACUGUGCCAUUUGGUGACAACCUAUAUGUCUGCAUCCCUUGUGGAAAAGGUUUUCCUAACUCAGAGCAGCUAAAUGCACAUGUUGAAACACACACCGAAGAGGAGCUAUAUAUCAAAGAGGAGGAUUCCUAUAGUAAAGAGGAAGCAGAGGACCUGUCCACUCCUAACACCACCUUUUCAAAUGAGCCACGCCCCUUUAAGUGCUCCGUAUGUGAGAGAAGCUAUAAGGAUCCAGCAACUUUGCGACAGCAUGAAAAAACUCAUUGGCUGACCCGUCCCUUUCCCUGUAACAUAUGUGGCAAGAUGUUCACUCAGAGGGGCACUAUGACCCGCCACAUGAGGAGCCACCUUGGCCUGAAGCCCUUUGCUUGUGAAGAGUGCGGAAUGCGCUUUACCAGGCAGUAUCGACUGACAGAGCACAUGCGUGUCCACUCAGGGGAAAAGCCCUACGAAUGUCAGCUCUGCGGAGGAAAAUUCACCCAGCAGCGCAAUCUGAUCAGUCAUCUGCGUAUGCACACUUCCCCAUCAUAAACCAAAGACUCACGUGACAUCCUAAGAAUGUGCUUCUCUCAUGCGUGCACACACAAACCAAUUUACCUUCCUUAUGACUUGCUGCUUUAAGGGUACUCUGUUUUCCAGUUAGGUCGUAUGAGAAGUGGAGUGGUUUCACAUCUCCCCAAAGCUUUAACUUGUAACAAACGACCAUGGCAUUUCAUCUUAUGGUACUGAAGAAGCCAAUGAUAUGUGCUGCACCAUGGCUUCCAUCCAUGAAGAGCAAAUGAUUUUUGGCACGAAAUCUCAAUCACCCUCCAGUUUAGCCCAUUAAUUAGCUUGGCACCUACAAACGACAAAAAAAAAAAAAAUCAUCUACCUAAGAAAUUACUACACCGUGCCAGUGUGAGGCAUAACAAAUUAGUUUGCUCUUAUUUGAAACUGGGAGCACUCAUACAGUACAUUUUGUAGUCGGGCUUUUAGUGGAGAUUGGAGGGAUGAUUGGGCAGGCUGAAUGCAUUAGGCCUGUUGCACGUAUUCCAGUAACCUGCAUUUUAUCUCUUCCUUGCCCUGUCGUUGCCUACAUUAGUCCGGCCUUAAGAGGUGCUGGCCUCCUACUUUAAUCCGUGAAUGAAAACCAAGAAACCUCACAAAAUCCCUUUCCUGGUUACCACAGAGAGAGAGAAUCUGGAUUGAUGCAUGCCAGUUUCUGUCUGAUGAGGAAAAGACAAGUGUCUGGCGGCAUUUCUGCAGGGCUCUCUUGGUAUCUACUGGCUGUGAAUCUUUUGCAUGCUCUUUUUGGUACGCCUCCUUCGUACAACUGUUCACCACGUUAACUGAAAAUUUACAGCCACAGGGGAGUUUGGUUUAUCCUUCUCUCAUGUUUUACUUUCCACUCACUAAUAGGUACUUGUUUCUGUGUGUUCUGGGUGAGAGGAGGUAAAUAUUAUUGAAUCUGUGAAUUUUUUUUUUAUUUUUCAACUGGAAGAUUUUUUUUUUUCCCCCAAAUUUUGAUUAGGGUCCAGUUUUUUCUUUUUCAUUUCUCUCCAGGCUUUUCAAAAGCAGUGGUGCUUAGGAAUCUCAACAAAUGAUUAUAUUCUCUCUUGUAGAGGCUAUUAAUAUAUGUGUUCCUUUAACUUGUGAAGUCUUGCGAUUUGGGGUGUAACGGCAAAAAAGCAGGUUUACAUUUAUUACUCUUUUUUUUUUUUUUUUUUUGCCCUGUUAUUUUGCUGCCACCCAAAAUCUAAGUGCUUAAUUACUUCUCAAUGGCCCUAGAAGGUACUCUAGGCGUGUGUUCGUGCUCAUGUCAGCCCGACUCAGAGAGAACUGUACAGUAGACUGGUUAUUUUUGCUACCUCUUGAAUCCUUGGUAAAUUUAACUUUUUCAAGACUCUUUCAAGCAGAUCUUGAUGUAAGUUUUUUUUUCUUUCUUCUUUUUGUGAGUACUUGUAUAAAUCUAGGACAUUUUAAAUUCAAUUUCAAGGAUAAAAAAAAAAAAAAUCAGGAAAACACUCUCCCCUACCUUUUGGCCAUCACAGCUGCUUUUACCCCCCUUUAAACUGCUGCAUGCUGUAUGUCCCUACAUGAGCACAUUUUUACCAAAUGUUUUAGGUGAUCAUAAUGGAGUUAAGUAAGGUAAUCCAAAGAGCAAAUGGUAGAACUUGUACUUUACCUGCCAUCCGAAGCUGGAUCCAAGGUUUUAUCUAAUUAGAUUUUUUGAAUAUGAUCUGGAUGAUUUAGCAGGGUUGUAGCAGCAGUACCACACCAUUACUACUUUAUGCCAGAGUAGAAACAACUAAAGGGUAAAUGUAUAUGCUAUUAGGCUCAUGGCAAAUACACACCAGAAUCAUAGCCACCAUAUGUAAUAUAAUUUUGAUGCAACAAAGCGUUGUGUUAAGUGAAAAGCAGGUUGGGAGAAAUUAAAGACGGCAUUAUCCUAUAAAUUUAACUAAAGAGUAAAAAUGUGCAACAAAUUUAAUUAGUGGCGGUAUGCUGUUUAUGUUAAGAAUUUGCAUUACUGGCAGUGGAAACUAUGUUUACAUUUAAGGGGAUGGGCUUUUUCAAGGGCAGUGGCAUGCUUAAUGUAAUCACCACAAAAUGUGGGGUCACUUCCUAUUGGUGGUACAAACUGGGAAGUUCCAAGAGCAGCUAUGUAUGAUCAUAAGCUGAAAAUCCAUUGCUGCCUCUUUUGGGGCAGUAAUUGCAGCACUUGCCAUUGCUAUAAACCUGAUUUGGCUUGCAGUGGUUUGCAAUGAUUUGUGUGCCAUAGCCUUUAAACCCUUUUAGUAAGAACUAAAUCUCAACCAGGAUAAACUGUUACCUAUAACAGAGAGGGAGUGGAUUAUCUAAAAGUGUAGAAGGCGUUGCAUUAGUUUACAGCAAACAACUAGGAAAUGUCAGAUAUUGAUUUUUUUUUUUUCUUUAAAUCUGAAUUUAACCAAAGUACCCCAUGGCCUGUGCAAAGGCACCAGAAUCAGGAACAGUUAUCCAUAUCAUCCUAACCCUAUCAUGUAUCUCACACCUCAUUCUUCCCACUCCAUUAUCUGUGCAGGCCACAUGUGGGUCGGUGGUUUACACAAUUUAAAAUUCAUCCAGUAGAAAAACAAAAGUUUACAUUUAAUUUUCUAAAAAUAUAAAUGCUUUUUUUUUCUUGACCAAAAAUUAAAUAACAAAGUAGUAGAAUAGGUGGAUUUAGUAGCCUUUUUUUUUUUUUUUUUUUUGCUGCCACUUACAAAAUUGAAGGCAAAUCCCACACAAGGGUUGUUUAUUCUUAAAAAUACUCCAACUCUUGAGUCACCUGCAGUACAUUUGUGGCAAACCAUGUCCACGGUUUAUAUGUUUCUUUCAGCACUUUAAAUUCUUGCAGGACAUUUCUGUACUUUUAAAUGCAGGGGCUAGAAAAAUGCUGUAAUAGUAUUACACACAAAAAUCAGGUUCAAGGCAAUUGCUUAAAACAAAAUUGUAGUGUUGGGUUGCAUUUCUUUUAAAUCUCAGCCCCUUUUAUCUACACCUUUUUGUCACCAGAUAAUGAGCUGAGCAUGCUUAAUGAGUAAUCAUUUGAAAACCAUAUCUGCAAUCCAUGAACAGUUCCAAAUGGGGCAAAAUUGUCACAUUUGCCUGGUUUGCAUCUUUAACCAUUCAGCUCCCAAAGCCUUUUCCACCAGACUUUGUUAAAUCCAUAAUUUGUAAGGAAAUCUGUUUCUAUUCCAACCUCAGAACAGAAAGUAUAAACCUGUUUUUCUCAUCUGCCCAGUGUUUUGUGUAUAGGGUGUGCUUGCAGAGUCCAUAAUAUUACUUGCAUUUUUAUAGCUGUUAUAAUCAAGGCUAUUGGUACAUGGGGCAUUUUUGGGUUUUUUUUGACUGCCCAUUGAAAAAGUUUAAGGGAAUUUUUAUAGUUGUUAACGUAAUUGUGAGAUCAUUGGUUUUUUCCAUUGUUUCCAGAUUAUUUUUUUUUUCGUGUCAAAAUGUAGCCUGGCCAUCUUUCUCAGGUAACUUGCUAAUCUUAUUUAACUUGAAACCAUUACAGAUGACAAAUAUUAGAUUUUCUUUGGGGAGCAAAACUGGUAAAAUAUAAGCCAGGUUUUUCUUUUCCUUUUCCAUAGUCCUUCCCAAAUGAACCAAAAAGUAAUUUCUUGAUUUACAUGCAGUGAGCUUUGGUUAAUUUACAGCUGCAACAUAGCCAAUGGCACCCUUCCAACAAAGGAGAACUGCACAUUUGCAUGUAUACAUUAUAAACAUUGACCCCCCUGUAUACUAUGCUUUUGCAACUUUUUUUUUUAAUAUAUUUUUUUUUCUCAGCACUUAAUAUCGACACAAAGUCUGUGUAUAGUUGAGUAUUGUACAAUUUUCUUUCUUUCUUUCAUUUUUUUUUUAUUUUAUUAUAAAGCUCGCUGUGUAGGAUUGUGUUAUAUAGCGUGAUUUGAAAGGAAAAUACAUUUCCAAACUGUGACAACGUGAAUAAUAUUUCUCAAACUUCAGGGACUGGCUACCUCUGGGCACCAAACCUUCAGCCACAUUUCUAUGACAUAGUAUUGUAUCAAACAUUUUUUCUGUAUUUUAUGAGAAAAGCAAAACACUAGUUUCAUAAUAAAAACAAAAAAAAAAGAGUCUUGGGACCUGGGUGUAGGGUUCAAGGGAUGUGGGAUGGUAUUCUAUGUACGUGGAUCCUGCUGUAAAAGGAGAAACGCACCAAUUUCUAAAUGUAAAAGGGCAGGCAAUUAACCGCUUGUUUAGUUCCUGAAUUUUUUUUUUUUUUUUUCUUCGGAAUAACAGGAAAAAAUAAACCUUUUUAAGAAAUGUAAAAACAAUGUAUUAUAAACCUGAAGAAGGAAAAAAAACAGAAAAAGUGAAAAAAUAAAAAAAAGCUUAUACCCAAAUCCAUAAACUAUUUUUUAAACCAAAGCACAUUUUGAAGAAACCAAGUGGGAUCAGAAAAUAACUAAUGGACUAUUUAUAUUUAUCACAUUGUUUACAUAAACCUUUGCAGUUUCAGACCUCAGCAUCAGGCCAGUCAAAAUUAACGUGCCAUUUUCCAGGGUCAAUGAUAUUCUACUUCUUUCUUGUGUUUAUAGUUAUAUUUUAUUUUCAUGGCUUGGUUCAGUGAAUGAUGGCUAAAUGUGAUGAUGUAUCAAAAAUUGGAAUAUUUUUUGUCUAGGGCACUGAUAAUUUGUAUUGUUUUUUUUUUGGGGGGGUGUGGGCAAGAAAAUCAAUGACGAAAUGAAAAUAUUUUUUUAUUCAGUGCUGUGGCUUUAGUUCGAAUGGGGGAAACGUCAUACCCAAGUUAUUUGCAGUUCAUUAAAAGGCUUUACCAAAGCAAUGUUGUACUAAAUGUGCAAGCAAAGUUGUAUAAAUAAUUGAAUUAUGGCUGUGUGAGGGGCAACUACAUUCUGUCCAAACAUUAUAAAUGUAACAUUUUGUGUGUUGUCUGUCUGUUUGCAUUUUUGUUGUCUUGGUAAGUAAGGACAUUCACUUUUGAGUGUACAGCAAUGUUUUAUUGGAGAUGCAGUGUUGGUAGCAAGGGGGGUAAGAAGGAUCCUGUAAUAAUGUGACUGCUCCUUUCAAUAGCGAAGAUAGUUGGCUAUCAGACCUGUCCUAGAGGGAUGGCUAGUACUCAAGGACCCUACAGGCUUGCACACAUUUGUUUCCAAAGUCAUUUUGCCCAGAGAAACUGGUUGGAUCCUUUGACUUCCAUUGAAGUUAGAGAGGUAUCGAUCUGCACAACUGCAUUCAUUCCCAAAAUAUGCUGCAACAUUGGCACCAUUGUGCUAGUGAACAUGCAUGCAUUCUUAUGCCCUGAUAACACUUGUGUUAUAAAGUUGUGCAUGAGGCCUAAAACACAUUGCGUCUCAUUUACUAACGUGGGUAAUAAAACGCACCGACUUAAGUCGCCCACAGCAACCUAUGAGCUCUUUGAACUACAUAUCUUAACUUGUAGCAAACCGAACACUGGUUUUAACACCUAUUGUUAGUAAAUGAGCCCAGUUGUGAGCCAUGUGAUUGUAUGCAACCCAGAACCAGAGUUUUCCAUCAAGUGAAUGUGCCUUUACUUAAAGGGGUUGUAAAGGUGCCUGUAUCCUUUUUCAUGAAACAUGUGUUGUAGCCAUUUAAAUGAGGCUUCUGCUAUUAUGGAUACCCCAUUUGCAGUUGUACUUCAGUCCCCUCUUUUCAGUGAAGCUAGAUUUGAUGCAUUCGCUGAGGAAGGGAUAAAAUAUUCAGAAUUUGAUGAAAUGUUGUCGGUCUGUCAUUCUGUGUUAGUGGUGUUUUUGUCUGACCCCUGGAAAAUAUGCCAUUAAUUUUGCCUGGUCUUCAAAAAACUAAACAAAAGAUGGUGCAGAUUUUUGCAGUGUUCUUAGUGUUUCACUUUGUAUGUGCAUUUCCGAAUGUAUUUAUUUCAUGACACCUGUGUGCUGGUGAUUUGGUUAUUACGGUGGGUUUAAAUGACUGUCAAAAGCUGAACUCCUUUUCUGCAUGAAGGUCUCAGCAAUACCUCUUUCUUGCAGUGAAAGGCUUAGACUUAAAGGUGGGGUGCACACAGGGUUAAAAAUUCUUUCCUAUCACCGGGCCUGCAAGUACUCAGCAAGGUUCCUGUGAAUGUGUAAGAGUUUCACACAACAAGAUUUCAGUUUCAAAAGUAAUAAAAAGUGAAGAAGAAAAAAACAAACAAAAAAAAAAAAACCGGAGUAUCCUCAAGACUUUCAAAUAGCCAUAAAUCCACAAACAGGACGUUCUGUAGCUCUUCUGUUUCAUACUGGAGAUCUUCUGCAAUUCUUUUGUUGUUAUAUUUAAUGUUACAUUGUCAUUGACUUCAUUUGAUAUAAAUAUAUAUAUAUAUGUAUGUAUUUUUUUUUUCCCUCCAAGAUGUCACCCUCUUUCCCCCUCCAUAUGACCACCCUGUUCUGCAUAUGCAGGAUGUUUGAUAGUUUCCUCAGCAUUUGGGAAGCGGAAGGUGGGACUGGAGAAAGUGAGCAGUGAGGGAUGCAGUUGUACAAUGGAUGGACAGAGCUAGAACCACUCCUCUUUAUUUUUAUAUACCAUGCCUCACAGAGUGAUCACAGGGUUGUUACGAAGCGCUAGUCCGUCUUCACCUUCAUGUCUGUAGUCUUAAGCAACCACAUGAAAAUAUGUGAUGCCCCCCCUCCCCAUGAUAUACUCAUAGUGGGAGCCAGACUUUAUAUCUGAUUAUCUACAAAUAUACUUAAUAGGGCAUGUAAUAACUUUUUCAGUCUUGUACAUGAGCAACCAGACUUGGUGACUUAAAAGGCCUUCGUCUGCAAAAAAAAAAUGAGGCUUGAUUCUGUAUGCUGUGCACCAAAACUGGUUCUGACCCCCCCCCCCCCAAAAAAAAGAGAAUCUUUAUAGACAAUGGUAGCUGAGUUAGAGGCUUCUUUCUACAAUGCAGGGCACCAGCGCAACGCAUGACUGCUAUGUGUACGUGAUUCUUGGAAAGAAAAGGAGGGUUACACCUGUCUGGCUUCCAGGAAUCUUGCCAAGGAGGCACCCUCUUGUGUAAUAGUUCACACUGUUUACACAUAAUGAAUCACUUGCCAGAGUAGAGUGUGUUUAAUAAAGACAGUUUAAAUAGGGUUAAUUAUCCAUAAAUAAAAUAGUGAAUGGGUUUAACCUGUAGCAGCAAGGUUGCCUCUCAACUUGCAGAGUGCCAGAAUUCAUUGUAUUGUACCACAAUAAUUGGUCUGAAUUAUUUACAUCAGUUUAUGGUCGUGGGGUAUCGGCAUGCUUUUGAGCUGUGCUUCUUCCUCUCUCCAUCCUUGGCUUAAUAUAUCAACUAAGAUUAGGGGGUGGCAUAUCUCAGGAUUACAGCAAACUGGAAAAUUGUCUGUUGGCCUCUUUAUUUCUGUCCCGGUCCUACCCUCCUGCUUUGUGGUGCUGUAGAGAUCUCCUCAUGGACUUUAUAUUCAGGUCAGGCUGCUCUUUUGAGCAGAUUAAGUGUCAUAUUAAAGAAGAUACAGAAGAUUCUGGCGAUCUGAACAUUCGAAAAACUUUCAGUCUUAAUGUACAGUGAUGAAAAACUGUUAUUUUAUGAUCUUUUCAUUAAAAAGCUUGAUUGAAAA